UUGCUCUUUGGAUUUUACAGAUAGCUAGAUACAAUGACUGUUGAGGUUAAAGCUGAGGCCGAGGCGGUGCCGGUGGUGGAAGAGGUUCUGAAGGAGGCAAAAGAGGCGGUGGUAGAAGAAGUGAAGGAUGAAAAGGAGCAUAACUGUGAAGCCAAGGUGGUGCAUAAGAGCGCUUCCUAUAGAGAAGAGAGUAAUUUUCCCUCUGAUCUGAAAGAGAAUGAAAGGAAGGCCUUGAAUGAGCUUAAAGCAAAACUUGAAGAAGCCAUUCUUGGGAACACUCUCUUCAAGAAAGAAGAAAAAAAUGAGGUUCCCCAAAAACCCAUCUGCCACGACGAAGCAAAAGAAGAGAAAGAAAAGGAACAGGCUGAAGAAGAAUGUGAAAAUGGAGCAGAAAAGAAGGAAGAAGAAUGUGAAAAGAAAAGAGAAGAGAGCCCUAAUGAAUGUGUAGAUGUUGAAGUUGAAAAGGAAAUUUCUAUCUGGGGAGUACCGCUUUUGCCCAGUAAAGGGGAUGAAGGUACUAAUAUAGUUCUCUUGAAAUUCUUGAGGGCUAGGGAUUUCAAAGUCAAUGAUGCCUACCAGAUGCUCGAGAAAACGCUCAAAUGGAGGAAAGAUUUCAAGAUUGAUUCUAUCUUCGACGAAGAAUUCGGUCCUGAACUUAACUCGGUCGCAUAUAUGAGUGGCGCUGAUCGUGAAGGGCACCCCUUGUGUUACAACAUUUUUGGGGUUUUGAACAAUGAGGAGAUCUAUCAGAAAACACUUGGAGACGAGGAGAAGCGCGAGCAGUUCCUGCGAUGGAGGGUACAGCUUAUGGAGAAAGGCAUUCAGAAACUAGAAUUUAAGCCUGGUUGUGUCAAUUCAUUAGUUCAAAUCAAUGACCUAAAGAACUCGCCCGGAGCCUCAAAGAAGGAAGUUCGCACUGCUGUAAACAAAGCCAUUGCGCUUCUCCAGGACAACUACCCUGAAUUUGUUGCUAAGAAUAUAUUCAUCAAUGUUCCAUUCUGGUAUUUCGCGUUCCAUUCUCUGCUGUCUCCUUUCUUAACUCAAAGAACUAAGAGCAAAUUAGUCUUUGCCCGUCCAUCCAAGGUCACGGAGACUUUGCUCAAGUACAUACCAAUUCAAGAAAUUCCAAUUCAGUAUGGCGGACUCAAGAGGGAGAACGACUACGAGUUCUCUGCUAGCGAUGGUCAAGCUUCAGAAGUUGUGAUCAAGGCUGGAGCAACUGCAGUAAUUGAAAUACCUGCACCAGAGGCUGGAAGCACAUUCAUCUGGGAUCUCCAUGUUCUGGGUUGGGAGGUGAACUAUGCAGAGGAGUUUGUGCCUACUGAUGAGAAUUCUUACACAAUGAUUAUUCAGAAAGAAAAGAAGAUGGGGUUGGACGAGGCACCAGUCCAUAAGACAUUCAAGAACCACGAAUCAGGGAAAAUUGUUCUUACAACGAAGAACUGUUCUGGAAAGAAAAAGAAAAUGUUCUAUCGCCACAAGAUCAAGAAAUCCUCCUGCUGAGUGGUGAAUUCUAUAUAUGGCUUCUUGGUCUGUGACACAAUUGGAUUCGUUAUUGUUUGUUAUUCUUUCUUGUAAUCAAUAUUCUUUUAGCAUAUCCCCUUUUAUUCUUUUAGCAAAUCCCCUUUUAUUCUUUGUAUUCAUUUUCUUCAACUUGCACAAUUUCGAGUUUUGGUAAAAGUACAAGGAUGAAAAUGUUUGAAGAUGAUUUCUUCUUUGAGUGAAGAGUUCAGUAUUGUCCAUGGA